AUGGCCCCCUCAGCCCAAGCAGGGCUGAUCCCCUCCUUCGUCGCUGCAAUCCAAGCCUCCCUCUCCGUCCUCCUCGUAAUAUCCUACGGCGCCAUCGCCGCCCACCUCAAGCUCCUGGACCCCAGCGCCUCAAAAUCCAUCUCCAAGAUCUGCGUGCGGAUGUUCCUGCCCGCCCUCCUGCUCACCCAAAUCGGCUCAGAACUACAUUCCGGCUCCGCGCACCGUUAUCUCAUCAUCCUCGCCUGGGCCAUUAUCUGCCAUCUCGUCUCAUUCUUCAUCGGGAUCGCGGCGCAUUACUUUUUAGGGAUGCCGGAUUGGAUCACGGCGGCUAUUAUGUUUAACAACACGACGAGUUAUCCACUGUUAUUGAUUCAGAGUCUGGAUCAGACGGGCAUUUUGGGGAGUUUGAUCAUGGAGGAGGGGGAGACGACCAGGGCUGCGAUUGAGCGGGCGAAGUCGUAUUUCCUCGUUUUUGCAACAGUGUCGAGCUGUCUUACGUUCGCAGUAGGACCAAGAUUGAUUGACUCGGAGCAUGGUCCCGAUCCUCCAAGCGAUAAGGAGGAGAUUGAGGAUGACGAUGAGGGGGGAAGGGAUGAGGAGAAUGGGGGCGAUGCGGAUGAUGAGAUGAGUCCGACGACUGAGCACACCGGCUUGCUGUUUCCGAGGCAGAGACAAGCGUCCGUUGCUUCGAUGUCAUUUUAUCCUUCGAGGAGACAGUCGAUCGCACCGGCUAUUGCAUAUGACCGGAGGCCGUCGGUUAUUGCGAGGAAGAAGUGGGUGAAGUUGGGAGAUCGGACGAAGUGGUGGUUGCUUUUCUUGUUUGACUUUCUCAAUGCGCCAUUGCUGGGAGCUGUGCUAGGUGCGAUCAUCGGUCUUGUCCCCACCCUGCAUGUUGCUUUCUUCAGCGACACGGAGGAUGGCGGGAUCUUUACUGCGUGGUUGACGGAAUCAUUCAAGACUAUCGGCUCAUUGUUCGUCCCCCUCCCUGUCGUAGUUGCGGGUGUCUCACUAUACAUGUCGACCCAAAAAUUGAACGAGGACUCGAACUCCAGAACUGGAACGCCAUGGUUGACGACUUUGUUUGUGCUGGCGGUCAGAUUUGUGUUUUGGUCGGUCGUCUCGAUUGGGGUUGUUUAUAUACUGGCGAAGAAGACAGAUGCUCUUGGAGAAGAUCCGAUGUUGUGGUUUGCGAUGAUGUUGAUGCCAACAGGCCCUCCCGCAAUGAAGCUGAUCACGAUGGUCGAGGUCAGCAACGCCGACGAAGAAGACGAAGACAAGAUUGCAAAAUUACUGACAAUAUCAUACAUCAUCUCUCCUAUCCUGGCAUUUACUGUGGUGGGCAGUUUACGUGCUAGUGUGGCAGCCAUUUGA